AUGUGCAUCGUUCUACUCACCACCGCCCAUCCCGACUACGCUCUCAUCGUUGUCGAUAACCGGGACGAGUUUAUCCUACGCCCAACGUCCCGCCCGCACUGGUGGACUCAUCCUUCCGGCGCUACUGUUCUCUCUGCCCGCGACCUUCAGAGAGCGGAGAAGGGCACCUGGCUCGGCAUCACCAAGACCGGCCAGCUCGCAGUCCUCACAAACUACCGCGAGACAGAUACACAGGAUUCCAAACACCCCAUCCACGCUGCCCGCAGCCGUGGUGGCAUGGUCACUGCCUGGCUUGGUUUCGACCCCACAGAGCCCGCUUCAACGUCGGUGAAUCACCUCGUCAAGGAUGGUGGUGUCAAGGGCGUCGGUGGCUUUUCCAUGGUAGCAGGCAAAUUGAAACGAAAGCGCGGCACCGACGAAAAGCCCGAACAUGCGCUCGAGGGUAUCGCCAUCAUCUCCAACCGGUGUGAUGACCUGCAGGACGUACCGUGGAUCGGAGAACAGCGGGGCGAGGUUUACGGUCUUAGCAAUACCGUGUACGACGACCCCAAGCCGUGGCCCAAGGUUGAGAAUGGAAAACGUCUGGUCAAGGAGGCCAUUCAGGAAGCUGUUACGGACAAUCUGAAUGAGGAUGCUCUAGCUGAGCGCCUGUUCAAGGUCCUGGAUACCGAUACGCUUCCCAAGCACCCUGAUAUGAGCCUGGCGGACUACAUCAAGGAGUUGAAGCAAUCCAUCUUCGUACCUGCCUUGGGCGACGAGAGCCAUCGAAAAGCCAUGGAGGAGGCAGUCUCCAGAGGCCCAGGUCAAUGGGCCACGGAUGACCAGAAGGCAGCCGAAGGCCUACAGCUGGGCGAACGACCCGAUCCUCCUGCCCAAGGCACCAUGGGCUUCGAGGUGGGUUUGUACGGGACACAGCGGCAGACCAUCAUCAUGGUUGACUGGGACGGCAACGUGACAUAUCGCGAGAGAGCAUUGUGGGAUGGCAAUGGUAACGUCAUUGAAAGAGGCCAAGGUGACGAGGUCUUCAAGUUCAAGAUUGAGGGUUGGGAGAACUGA